CUGACCUGUGUAUUUUGACAUAAUCCUCUUGUUUUAUGCAUCUUUACUGGGGACAGGAAAAGAAGGGAAACAUGAGAACGCCUCAUGCCAUCUGCUCGUUUCAAAUGGAUCCAGCCUUGCAGGAGGCUUUCAGUGAUGUUCAGAGCUCUGUCUACAGAACAGCCCUAAAACUACGCUCAGUACAAAGUCUGUGCCAGUUGGAUUUGAUUGAUGUGUCUCUGAUUCAGCUCAUCCUAUCAAGUGAGGAGAGCCAGAGAUUAAAGCAGGUUUCUCUGAAAGUGCAGCAGAUCUCUGGAAUGCUGACAGUGCUGUUCCAAAGGGCAAGAUCAGAAAAACCAGGCCAGGUGGAUCCAAGAGCUGCUGAGUUCACACUGAGCCUGCUGGCUGCCAUGUAUGACAGAUCUGGAACAGGUUACAUCAAAACUAGAUCUGCUGCAGCUGCCCUAAUUGCCCUUUCAGGAGACACUCUGCUGGCUAAAUACAGAGCUUUCUUUCAGUUUUAUGCUGUCCCUGAUGGGAACACAGCCUUGAUCACCCCUCGUGCCCUGAGAAGCCUGCUGACAGACUUAAACCAGAUCCCAGCCAUGGUGGGGGAAAGCUGCACUCCAUCUUGUGUGGAAAUUGCCAUUCACAGCUGUUUCCAUGGGGUUCUGAAUUUGGCAAUUGUUGAAGAAAAAUUCCUGUCUUGGCUGAGAUCUGAGCCUGCUGUUCUCCUGUGGCUCCCUGUGUGUUACAGGCUGUCAGCUACAGAGAUGGUUUCUCACCAGGCUAGGUGCAGAGUCUGCAAAAUUUUCCCUAUUACAGGCCUGAGGUAUCGCUGUCUCAAGUGCCUCAAUUUUGACCUCUGCCAAGUUUGCUUUUUCACUGGGCGUCUGAGGAAGCCACACAAGAGGUCCCAUCCUGUUGUGGAACACUGUGUGCAGGUGUCAGCAAAGGCGAGCGCAAAGCACUUCCUGCGCACCCUGCGGAACAACCUGCUUGGAGAGCGCUGCAGGAGGAAGGAGGCUCAGAGGAGGAGAGCUCUGGAGAUAACGGAGGAGAGGCACUGCCCCACUCACAAAAAGACCUUUACCCCUGCAGAACUGAGUGCUUCACCACUGCCUGUCCCUGAGAACCUGUCUUUCCCAGUGGACAGACCUGUCCUGGAGUCACCCAAGUUCCUACCUGAAAACACAACUGGAAGGCAGAAGAGUGGGAAUAGCAGCAAGACACCAGAGCAAGGCAGGACAAAAGCUCAGGCAAUGUCCUCUUUUGAAGCAGAUGUGUUAAAAAUACAGGAAUCCAUCAAAAGCAUUCACAGUGACAGCAGGUACAUCAAGAAGCAGUUCAGCAAAUGGAAGGUCAAAAUGCAGUUUCUUCAAAACUGCCAGGAAGACAAAAGCUACAAAAUAGAGGCAAAGCUCCAAAGCCUGAGAGCAAGCCAUGAAAACCUGCAAAUGAAGCUGCAGCAGAUAAAGCAAGAAAUAAAGACAACGUUGCAGCCAUCAGAGCACCCUUCUGCACAGUGUCAGAAUGUGAUGCCAAGAAAUCCACAUGUCCUGCUGGAAAGAAGAAUGCAACAUGGAGUAAAUCCUGCCCAAGUAGGGCCUGCUUCCAGAACAUGUGCAGAGGGGAAAGCUUUGAAUCCUCCCAACUCUGCAAAUAGAAUGGAGCUUGGGCAGAGAGUUCCCACUGCAGAGGACUUGACGUUCUCAGGAGACCCACUGGAGGGUGACAGACCUUUUGUGGGACAGCAUAAGAAAACAAAAGAGACUCAAACAAACCUACAUGAACUGACAGAAAGCUCCCUCUGUGCCAUCAUGAGGAAUGCAGUUCCUGCUCCCACUGCAGUGCAGAAACCACCUGAGGAGAAACAAGUCCGUGAGGAACUGGAACUGCAGCAGCUGGUGAGGAAACUGCAGGAUGCUUUGGCUCUCCAAGCCCAACCAGUUCAUCAGUCAGCUUUGCAGCAGGAGUUCUUCUCUAGAGCUGAACACGUGUCCAGAUCCUUUUCUGACCUCAUCAACCACAUAACUUCACCAGCUUGUAAGGGAUGGAGACUGCCCUUCCCCUCCCAGCUUCACUGA